AAAAAAAAAAAAAAAGAGGUAUUGAGCAUUUGGUAGUGUGGUUUCAAGACGUGUGUGUUGCCAUUUUGUGUCGUACCUCGUGGUUAAAAUUUUGUAAACAAACUAAACGUAUAAUUAAUAAUAAAAUAGACAAUAUAAGAUAAUGUCGAAACGACGAAUUGAAGUUUUGGAUCCUUUUAUUAAGAGAAAGCGAGACGAAGCCAAACUUGAAAUGGCUAGUUCAUCAGCAGCAGCAUCAUCAUCAUCAUCGUCAUCAUCGUUAUUAACAUCAACAACUGGUGCAACAGCAAUAUCAACAAUAUCAAGUGGAUCAUCAGGAGCAACUGGAGCAACUCAAAAUGUAUCAUCUCCUGGACAAAUAAAUCCAUAUACAAAGUUACCUUUUACACCACGUUAUUAUGAAUUUUAUAGAAAACGAAUAACAUUACCAGUAUUUGAGUAUAGAUCAGAUUUUAUGCGUUUAUUAAAUGAAUAUCAAUGUAUUGUAUUGGUUGGUGAAACUGGAUCUGGUAAAACAACUCAAAUACCACAAUGGUGUGUUGAAUAUUCAACUCAAACAGGUACAAAAGGUGUUGCUUGCACUCAGCCACGUCGUGUUGCAGCAAUGAGUGUUGCACAGCGUGUUUCUGAAGAAAUGGAUGUUACAUUGGGUGAACAAGUUGGUUAUAGUAUACGUUUUGAAGAUUGUAGUUCACCAUAUACUGUUCUUAAAUAUAUGACUGAUGGUAUGUUAUUAAGAGAAGGAAUGUCUGAUCCAAUGCUUGAAGCUUAUCAAGUUAUUUUACUUGAUGAAGCUCAUGAGAGAACUUUAGCAACAGAUUUACUUAUGGGUGUUCUUAAAGAAGUUACUAAACAACGAUCAGAUUUAAAAUUAGUUAUUAUGAGUGCAACAUUAGAUGCUGGUAAAUUUCAACAAUACUUUGACAAUGCACCAUUAAUGAAUGUACCAGGUCGUACACAUCCAGUGGAAAUUUUUUAUACUCCAGAACCAGAACGUGAUUAUUUAGAGGCUGCUAUAAGAACAGUUAUUCAAAUUCAUAUGUGUGAAGAAGUAUCUGGUGAUUUAUUAUUAUUUUUAACUGGUCAAGAAGAAAUAGAAGAAGCUUGCAAAAGAAUAAAACGUGAAAUGGAUAAUCUUGGACCAGAUGUUGGAGAACUUAAAUGUAUUCCACUUUAUUCAACUUUACCACCAAAUUUACAACAAAGAAUAUUUGAACCAGCACCGCCAAAUAAACCAAAUGGUGCUAUUGGUAGAAAAGUUGUUGUAUCAACAAAUAUUGCUGAAACUUCAUUAACAAUCGAUGGUGUUGUAUUUGUUAUUGAUCCUGGAUUUGCUAAACAAAAAGUUUAUAAUCCUCGUAUACGUGUUGAAUCAUUACUUGUAUCACCAAUAAGUAAAGCAUCUGCUCAACAACGAGCUGGACGUGCGGGUCGUACAAGACCCGGUAAAUGUUUUCGAUUAUAUACUGAAAAAGCAUAUAAAAAUGAAAUGCAAGAAAAUACUUAUCCUGAAAUUUUAAGAUCUAAUUUAGGAAGUGUUGUACUACAAUUAAAAAAAUUAGGAAUUGAUGAUUUAGUACAUUUUGACUUUAUGGAUCCACCAGCACCUGAAACACUUAUGCGAGCAUUAGAAUUGUUAAAUUAUUUAGCAGCUUUAGAUGAUGAUGGUAAUUUAACAGAUUUAGGUGCUAUUAUGGCUGAAUUUCCAUUAGAUCCACAACUUGCUAAAAUGUUGAUUGCAUCUUGUAAUCACAAUUGUAGUAAUGAAAUUCUCAGUAUCACUGCUAUGUUAUCAGUCCCACAGUGUUUUGUAAGACCAAAUGAAGCCAAAAGAGCUGCUGAUGAUGCAAAAAUGAAAUUUGCACAUAUUGAUGGAGAUCAUUUGACUUUACUUAAUGUUUACCAUGCUUUCAAACAAAGUAUGGAAGAUCCGCAGUGGUGUUAUGAUCAUUUUGUUAAUUAUCGAUCGUUAAAAAGUGGAGAUAAUGUACGACAACAAUUGAGUCGAAUUAUGGAUAGAUUUUCACUAAAAAGAACCUCUACUGAUUUUACAUCUAAAGAUUAUUAUAUAAAUAUUAGAAAAGCACUUGUUGAUGGAUUUUUCAUGCAGGUAGCACAUUUAGAAAGAACAGGACAUUAUUUAACAAUAAAAGAUAAUCAAAUGGUACAAUUACAUCCUAGUAGUUGUUUGGAUCACAAACCCGAGUGGGUUAUUUACAAUGAAUUUGUUUUAACGACAAAAAAUUAUAUAAGAACAGUUACAGACAUCAAACCUGAAUGGUUAUUAAAAAUAGCACCACAGUACUAUGAUCUUCAAAAUUUCCCCCAAUGUGAAGCAAAACGACAAUUAGAAGUAAUUCAAGCGAGAUUAGAUUCUAAACAGUAUCAAGAAGGUUUCUAAUUCUAAUAAGGAUUUUUCAACAUUUAGUUUAUUUUGAAAAAUUAAAAUUAAAAAGAAAAAAUAAAUCAAUAAUAAUAUUUUAAUGACAUAUAUUCAGUUGAGUAUUUAUAACAUGUAAGGCAACACCGAUGAUAUGGGUUCAUUAUAAUAAUGUUUCCCAUUAUAAUAUUAUUAUUAUUAUUAUCAUCAUUAAAUACAUAAUGGCAUUUCUUUUGUUAUUGCCUUAAUUAUCGUCUUAAUAGUGCAUUUUUUAUGAAAUCUACGUAACAAUAAAAUUAAAAAUAUUGGCUAACACUAAAAUUAUUUUCUAUAUUAUUAUUAUUUACCAAUAAUUGC